AUAUAUUGGGGUAAAGCUACUGAACUUCGGAAUGAUGGGAGCAUGCAAACGGCAAGACUGAGCUACUGAACGGCACAUUUAGAAAUGAAACGGAUGCCGAUCUAAAGAGGUGCACCUGUAGAUGACUUGAUGAUGGAGCAGGUCAUGGAGGGAACGGUAAACAUCGCCGCUGCGGUGCAGGGAACGUUACUGGUGCUGAUGGGAACGUUACUGCUGAUUCUGCUGCACAGAAUAUUUAGAGCCAAGAACUGGAAGAACCAAUCAGCAGUCCCAGGUCCUGGCUGGUGGUUGGGUCUCGGCCCGGUUCUGAGCUACAGUAGGUUCCUGUGGAUGGGGAUUGGCACUGCAUGCAACUACUACAACGAAAAAUAUGGCAGCAUUGCUCGGGUUUGGAUCAAUGGAGAAGAGACCGUUAUACUCAGCAAGUCCUCCGCCGUGUAUCAUGUUCUGAAGAGCAAUAAUUACAUCGGGAGGUUUGCCAGUACUAAAGGUCUGCAGUGCAUUGGCAUGUUUGAACAAGGCAUCAUCUUCAACAGCAACAUCACACUGUGGAAGAAAGUGAGAACAUAUUUCACCAAAGCUCUUACAGGUCCAGGUCUCCAGAAGUCAGUAGAUGUGUGUGUCAGCGCCACCAACAAACAGCUCGACGUCCUGCAGGAGUUCACGGACUGCUCGGGACACGUGGACGUGCUCAAUCUUCUGCGCUGUAUUGUGGUGGACGUUUCCAAUAGACUCUUCCUAAAAAUCCCACUGAGCGAGAAAGACUUGCUGAUAAAGAUCCAUCGGUAUUUCAGUACCUGGCAGACAGUUCUCAUACAGCCAGAUGUUUUCUUCAGACUGGACUUUGUGUACAAAAAACACCACCUGGCAGCAAAAGAGCUGCAGGAUGAAAUGGAAAAGCUUGUGGAGCAGAAGCGACAGGCCAUCAAUAACACGGAGAAGCUGGAUGAGACGGACUUCGCAACGGAGCUUAUAUUUGCUCAGAACCACGGCGAGCUGUGUGCGGAUGACGUGAGGCAGUGUGUGCUGGAGAUGGUGAUCGCCGCUCCAGACACGCUCUCCAUCAGUCUGUUCUUCAUGCUUCUGCUACUGAAGCAGAACUCUGCCGUGGAAGAGCAGAUAGUACAGGAGAUACGGUCUCAGAUAGGUGAGCGGGACGUACAGUCGGCCGACCUGCAGAACCUGAACGUACUAGAGCGCUUCAUCAAGGAGUCUCUGAGGUUCCAUCCGGUGGUGGACUUCAUCAUGAGACGGGCUCUGGAGGAUGACCACAUCGAUGGCUACCGGGUGGCAAAGGGGACAAACCUCAUCCUGAACAUCGGACGCAUGCACAAGUCUGAGUUCUUCAAAAAACCCAAUGAAUUCAACUUGGAGAACUUUGAGAACAGCGUUCCCAGUCGUUACUUCCAGCCGUUCGGCUGCGGCCCGCGGGCCUGUGUUGGGAAGCACAUAGCCAUGGCUAUGACGAAGGCCAUCCUGGUGACUCUGUUGUCGAGGUUCACGGUUUGUCCUCGUCACGGCUGCACCAUCAGCACCAUCAAACAGACCAACAACCUCUCCAUGCAGCCCGUAGAAGAGGAUCCCGACUGCCUGGCCAUGCGCUUCAUCCCACGAGCUCCGAACAUCAGCGGAGAAACAACGGACAGCCAAACCUGAAAGCGACAGACGCAAAUCACAUACUAGUCAUUUCUUCCAUUUACUAUUUUGAUAUACCGAAGAAAAAAAGUAAUUUCCUUUUACCUAAAAGCUUUACACUGGGUCGUCACAUUAAGAUCACGUUACUAUUUUUUUUUUAGGGAAUUUGACUUAAUAAACACAAACUUCAGUUGAACUUACCUCAAACUUAAUGUCGGAAACAAGUAGGCCUGCGGUAAAGUCACACACAGGUAAUAUAUGGAUGUCAACAUAGAUAUAAUGACUUUG